AUGGCCUGCUACGUUCAAAAACAAAAAUGUUUUAAAUUGCAUUUUAAAUUAUAUCUAGAUUACAGUAGGUUUAUAGGUUACAGGUGUGUUGAACUUCACUUCGUUGCACUUCGUUACGUUCAACUGUUUAUAGAUUACAGUAGGUUUAUAGGUUACAGGUGUGUUGAACUUCACUUCGUUGCACUUCGUUACGUUCAACUGUUUAUAGAUUACAGUAGGUUUAUAGGUUACAGGUGUGUUGAACUUCACUUCGUUGCACUUCGUUACGUUCAACUGUUUAUAGAUUACAGUAGGUUCAUAGGUUACAGGUGUGUUGAACUUCACUUCGUUGCACUUCGUUACGUUCAACUGUUUAUAGAUUGCAGUAGGUUUAUAGGUUACAGGUGUGUUGAACUUCACUUCGUUGCACUUCAUUACAGUAGGUUCAUAGGUUACUGGUGUGUUGAACUCCACUUCGUUGCACUUCGUUACGUUCAACUGUUUAAAGAUUACAGUGGGUUUAUAGGUUACAGGUGUGUUGAACUCCACUUCGUUGCACUUCGUUACGUUCAACUGUUUAUAGAUUACAGUAGGUUCAUAGGUUACUGGUGUGUUGAACUCCACUUCGUUGCACUUCAUUACAGUGGGUUUAUAGGUUACAGGUGUGUUGAACUUCACUUCGUUGCACUUCGUUACGUUCAACUGUUUAAAGAUUACAGUGGGUUUAUAGGUUACAGGUGUGUUGAACUCCACUUCGUUGCACUUCGUUACGUUCAACUGUUUAUAGAUUACAGUAGGUUCAUAGGUUACUGGUGUGUUGAACUCCACUUCGUUGCACUUCGUUACGUUCAACUGUUUAUAGAUUACAGUAGGUUCAUAGGUUACUGGUGUGUUGAACUCCACUUCGUUUCACUCCGUUACGUUCAACUGUUUAUAAAUUACCAGUUUUCAAUGGGAAAUUAG